AUGAAGAGAACUGUGCUGUAUAUCAGCAUCUUUGGGCUGCUUCUGGCUUUUGGUACCACUCAAACCAAGGAUGAUUGGGAGAUCUACAGCUUUCACAUCAACUCCACAGUGACCAGCCGUUACGCUACCACCGUCAUCAACAGUCGUGUGGCCAAUCGUAAAGACGAGUCCAAAGAAAUAGAAUUCCACGUCCGAAUUCCCAAGAAUGCCUUCAUCACCAAAUUCAGAAUGUUUAUGGAGGGCCAGGUGUACGAUGGUGUCGUGAAGGCUAAAGAAGAAGCUAAAAAACAGUACACUGAGGCUGUAUCCCGUGGAGAGAGCGCUGGCAUAGUCAGUUCAGUUGGGAGGACUCUCGAGGAGUUCAAGACCUCAGUGACUGUAGCCGCUCACAAAAAGGUGACCUUUGAGCUCACGUACGAGGAACUACUCAAACGCACACUGGGCAAGUAUGAGCUGCAGAUACAUGCUCGCCCCAUGCAGCCUGUCAAAGACUUCAAGGUGGGUGUGCAUAUAGACGAAAAAGCAGGAAUCAGUUUCAUCGAUGUUAAAGGAGGACUUAGCACCGGCGUGCUUGCAAAUGCCAUCACCAAAACGCAUGUAGACAAACAGGCCUCGAUCUCUUUCAACCCCUCAGUGGACCAACAGAAAACAUGUGAGAGCUGUGGAGAAGCGGGUAUGAAUGGAGAUCUUGUAAUAGUUUAUGAUGUCAACAGAAGCAGGUCACUGGGGGACAUAGAGACAUCAAAUGGGUAUUUUGUACAUCACUUUGCUCCAUCACAACUUCCCCGCAUUCCGAAAAAUGUUGUCUUUCUCAUUGACAAAAGCGGUUCCAUGCAUGGCAAGAAAAUAGAACAGACUCGUACAGCAUUAAUCCAUAUCCUGAAUGACCUUGCGGAGGAUGACUUCUUUGGUCUCAUCACUUUUGACCACAGCUUGGCUUACUGGAAGCGAGAACUUGUUCAGGCAAACUCCCAAAAUGUGGAUCAAGCCAAACAAUUUGCACAGAAUAUCAUGGAUAGAGGAGGUACAAAUAUUAAUGAUGCCUUGUUGGAUGGAUCACGUAUGCUAAAUGACAACCCCAGGAAAGGUUCAGCUUCUAUCCUCAUACUCCUCACUGAUGGAGACCCAACCUCAGGUGUGACCAAUCCCGAAGAAAUACAAUCAAAUGUGAUGGAGGCCAUUCAAGACAAAUUCCCACUCUACUGUCUUGGUUUUGGUUUUGACGUCAAUUUUAAAUUCCUGAAGAAGCUGUCCUUGCAGAACAAUGGUGUUGCACGCCGUAUUUAUGCUGACUCUGACGCUGAUUUGCAGCUGAAGGGAUUCUACGACGAGGUGGCUAAUCCUCUUUUGACAGAUGUGACUAUGAUCUAUGGUGGCGGGGCUAAUCUGACGCAGACCAACUUCAGCCAGUAUUACAGUGGUUCAGAGAUUGUGGUGGCCGGUCAGAUCACUGACAACAACAUUGAAACCUUCUCCCCAAGAGUUGUGGCCAUUUCAAGGAACGCAAGCAUUGUUUUCUCUGAGGAAAAGGGUACCACAGAGUUGACAGAUGACAGCAACAUCCAGAGAGUUUGGGCCUAUCUGACUGUCAAACAGCUUCUGCAGAAAGAGUUGCAGUUAUCAGGAGCAGAGAAGGAGAAAUUGAAGAAUGAGACUUUGAGGCUGUCACUCAAAUAUAAUUUUGUGACCCCACUAACGUCCAUGGUGGUCACAAAACCAACAGAGGAAACCACGGAAGUGCUUGACAAACCCAUUGAAGGACGUCCACAUCAUCUUUCUGUAAAUGGUGAACUGGAUACUACAAAAGGCUUCAAGACGAUUGUUGUCCACUUUGAGAAUAAUGGCACGAUUACUGUGAACACGGGCCAUAUAACCAUUGAAUACGGACAGCUAGGACUGAGAGAGCUAUGGAAUGGAGUACCACCAGAGGAGACCACCACUGUCGGAAGCGUGACAAUGAUUACUCGGCACAGAGAAAUUGAUAUCACAAUUGGAGGAAUGCAGUUGAUCAUCUUGCGUCAUACGAUCUCUGGAGACCAAUACCUGUGGCCAACUUUAAAGCAGAGGCCAUCACAAGAGAAUGCUGAAGGAAUCUUAGUUUCCGAAGGCGGAGAGGGUAUCCAGUCAAGUCCUGGCACGGCCUCGGUUUGCAAGGUACUUGGCUCACCUCCGCAUCUGGGGGCUGAGGGUUGA